AUGGCUCGGGUCCAGCGGGACAAAGGCAGCUCCGGCCUCCAUGACUGCCAGCAUGGCGACCAAUGCCCAAGUCGACUUUUCCAUGCAGAUAGGAACGAGGUCACCGACUUGAACGCCCGCGUCAUUCCCCAGAUGAAUGGCCAGGCGGCGGACCGCCUUGCCCAGCUGGGCAUAUGUGAGCGAGUGGUCCCACCCGCAGAUGGCUUCGGCUUCUGGACGCUCCACGACGUGACGUCUGACCAUGUCGUGGAGGCACUCGUCGACCUGCUGCGGGGCCGGGUCGGUGCUGUUCCAGCUGUGAAUCGCCUCCUUGUCUUCAGCGGAGCAGAGAGUCAGGGCUUGACGGAAGUGUGCAAUGACGGUCUCCAUCAUGGGCUGGCUGAUGCUGGCAGCGUCGAAGUGGCAGUCCACAACAACGUUAUCCCCACGCACACUGCACUCCAUAGUGAUGGGGUAGGACUCGAAGACGUGGCCAGCUGCCGCCGACAGGUCGGGCUGGCUUUGCAAGAUGUCAUCAUCGCCUUUGUCUCCUGCGUUGUCGUGACCAGGCCCCGCUGUCUGUAUCACAAGAAGGGUCUGGAAGGCACACAUGUUGCGAGCAUUCGGUCCCAACUGGCGGAUAUUAAGCAGUCCGUACUGCUGGUGGGCGGCGACUCGGGUCCGGAGCAGUUUGCGGUCGGCCUUGGUGCUGCUGGAGACGGGUAUGAAAGAGAGUGGGAAAAAGUGGGAUGGGAUCAUGUAGUUGGGCAAAUGCGCCUCGAGGUCGGCGACCGCCUUGGCCAGCCGUCGCUCCAGGGAAGGAUCCAGAUUCAGGAGCAUGCCGGUGCUGGUGCUGGUGUUUUCGGUGUCGGCGGAGCGCAGGUCGUUGGCUUGGCAAAAGAACAUGGCCAUGCUGCCGGAAGUGAAAAUGACAUAGGCUGCGUCGCCUGGUGUGCAAAUAGCAUUCCAGUCCGUGACCUGGGGCGGAGGACAACGCUGCAGUCUCUGGUCCAGCUCAGCAUCUACUAUAACGAGAAUCAUGGUCGAGGCCAGCUCGGCGGAGCUUUCGAUGCCCGAGAACGUGCCAAGAAGAAUGGUCGAGGUGAGCUGCUCAAUGACCUCACGUCGGCGGCGCAGAGGAUGCUGCGGGUGCAGUGGCACAAAGGCCGCGCCGGCCUUGAGUACUGCCAGCACGGCCACGAUGUACCAAGCGGUGUGGCCGAAGCACAAGGGAACCUGCAUCCCAGGCAGGACACCUAG